UCAUCCACCUCCUCCCACAGCUCAUCCCAGCAGAGUUGAGGAAAAGCGACACUGAACUGAACCGACUCUUUAAAACAAAGUAAACUCACUGCUUCGUCUUAACUUAUCUAAACCUAGACAGUGUUAAAGAGGAGCUUUGGGGAGUUUAUUUCGCCUUCCUUUGUGUUGGUGAGGUUUAUUUUACAGGGAAAUCAGAGACAGGACAAAAGUUUUCAGCAGGACGAAAUUUUUUAAGCCUCCAUUUUGAAGCGCGUCACAAAAUUGUUUGGACCUCUGAAAACAUGACGGCUAUUAACACGCCCAACAUCAACUUUAAAUGGGACCCCAAGAGCCUGGAGAUCCGCACGCUGGCUGUAGAGAGACUCCUGGAGCCCCUCGUCACCCAGGUGACCACUCUGGUGAACUCGAGCAACAAAGGGCCGUCCAACAAGAAGAAGGGCCGCUCCAAAAAGGCGCACGUCCUGGCCGCGUCGGUGGAGAGCGCCACGCACAACUUCCUGGAGAAGGGUGAGAAGAUCGCCAAGGAGAGCCAGUUUCUCAAAGAGGAGCUCACCGCCGCCGUCGAGGACGUCCGCAAGCAAGGAGAGUCAAUGCGUCAGGCCUCGGGCGAGUUUGCUGAAGACCCCUGCUCCUCGGUGAAGAGAGGGAACAUGGUGCGAGCGGCUCGCGCUCUUCUCUCAGCCGUCACACACCUCCUGGUGCUGGCCGACAUGUCUGAUGUCUACCUACUGCUUCUGCAGCUCAAACUGGUGGAGGAAAACUUGGCGAAGGUGCGUAAUGCCGGGACGGAGCAGGACCUGGGCAUCCAGUACAAAGCUCUGAAGCCUGAAGUGGAUAAACUCAACAUGAUGGCAGCAAAGAGACAGCAGGAGCUGAAGGACGUGCAGCACAAGGAGCAGAUGGCGGCGGCACGAGGCGUGCUGCAGAGAAACGUCCCCCUGCUGUACACGGCGUCCCGCGCCUGCUUGCAGCACCCAGACGUAGCCGCAUACAAGGCCAACAGAGAGCUCAUCUACAAGCAGCUGCAGCAGGCCGUCUCGGGGAUCUCUAACACGGCCCAGGGCGUCAGCACCGAGGACUCCGGACUGGGGCAGCACACGGGGCCCGGAGAGCUCGCUGGGGCGCUCAACAACUUUGAUAAGCAGAUCAUCGUGGACCCCCUGAACUUCAGCGAGGAACGCUUCCGCCCAUCGCUGGAGGAACGCUUGGAGAGCAUCAUCAGCGGGGCCGCGCUCAUGGCCGACUCGUCCUGCACGCGUGACGACCGCCGCGAGCGAAUCGUAGCCGAGUGUAACUCCGUGCGCCAGGCGCUGCAGGACCUGCUGUCCGAGUACAUGGGCAACGCCGGGCGCAAGGAGAGGAGCGACGCGCUGAACACCGCCAUCGACCGAAUGACCAAGAAGACUCGAGACCUGCGCAGACAGCUGAGGAAGGCCGUGAUGGACCACGUGUCCGACUCCUUUCUGGAGACCAACGUCCCCCUGCUGGUCCUCAUCGAAGCUGCCAAAAACGGAAACGAGAAGGAGGUGAAGGACUACGCCCAGGUUUUCCGCGAGCAUGCUAACAAGCUGAUUGAGGUGGCCAACUUGGCCUGCUCCAUCUCCAACAACGAGGAGGGCGUGAAGCUGGUGCGCAUGGCCGCCAUGCAGCUGGAGACCUUGUGCCCUCAGGUGAUUAACGCGGCGCUGGCCCUGGCUGCCAAACCCAACAGCAAGGUGGCCCAAGAUAACAUGGACCUGUUUAAGGAGCAGUGGGAGAAGCAGGUGCGCGUGCUCACAGACGCCGUCGACGACAUCACCUCUAUCGAUGACUUCCUGUCUGUGUCCGAGAAUCACAUCCUGGAGGAUGUGAAUAAGUGUGUGAUCGCCCUGCAGGAGAGGGACGUAGAUGGGCUGGACCGCACGGCCGGCGCCAUCAGAGGACGAGCCGCCCGCGUCGUCCACGUCGUCACCUCAGAGAUGGACAACUACGAGCCUGGAGUUUACACCGAGAAAGUUCUGGAAGCCACUAAACUCCUGACUGAUACAGUGAUGCCACGUUUCACCGAGCAGGUGGAAGCAGCAGUGGAGGCUCUGAGUAACAAUUCUCAGCCAGUGGACGAGAACGAGUUCAUCGACGCGUCUCGUCUAGUGUACGACGGCGUGAGGGACAUCAGGAAGGCCGUGCUCAUGAUCCGGACCCCCGAGGAACUGGACGACUCCGACUUCGAGACCGAGGACUUCGACUCUCGCAGCAGGACCAGCGUGCAGACGGAAGACGAUCAGCUCAUCGCCGGACAAAGCGCUCGGGCCAUCAUGGCUCAGCUGCCACAGGAGCAGAAGGCUAAAAUCGCAGAACAGGUGGCCAGCUUCCAGGAGGAGAAAAGUAAACUGGAUGCUGAGGUCUCCAAGUGGGACGACAGCGGCAAUGACAUCAUCGUUCUGGCCAAGCAGAUGUGCAUGAUCAUGAUGGAGAUGACUGACUUCACCAGGGGAAAAGGGCCACUGAAGAACACUUCGGACGUCAUCAGCGCCGCUAAGAAGAUCGCAGAGGCUGGGUCUCGAAUGGACAAGCUGGGACGCACCAUCGCUGAUCAAUGUCCUGACUCAGCGUGUAAGCAGGAUCUUCUGGCCUACCUGCAGCGCAUCGCUCUGUACUGUCACCAGCUGAACAUCUGCAGUAAGGUGAAGGCUGAAGUUCAGAACCUGGGAGGAGAGCUGGUCGUGUCUGGGCUGGACAGCGCCAUGUCUCUCAUCCAAGCAGCCAAGAACCUGAUGAAUGCCGUGGUGUCCACCGUCAAGGCUUCAUACGUGGCCUCCACCAAGUACCAGAAGUCUCAGGGCAUGCAGAACCUCAACAUGCCGGCCAUCUCCUGGAAGAUGAAAGCUCCUGAGAAGAAACCUCUGGUGAAGCGCGAGAAGCAGGACGACGGCCAGACCAACAGAGUCAAGAGAUCGUCUCAGAAGAAGCACAUCAACCCCGUGCAGGCUCUGAGCGAAUUCAAGGCCAUGGAUAGCAUCUGAGCAGCACCAUAUUCUGUCUCUCUCUCUCAUAAACACACACACACACACACACCUGAUUCAGCUUAUUCCCACAACACAACUCGGCGAGUCAUGUUGUAGCUGCAGAACUCUCUGCUUUAAACCACUGCUGUAGAUUCCUCCAUGUGGGCUGCUCUUUAAUUUCAGAGAUCAUUCCUCUGUGCUAGAAAUCUCUCUCUCUCUCUCUCUCUCUCUCUCUCUCUCUCUCUCUCUCUCUCUCUCUCUCUCUCUCUCCGUCUAUUUAUUCCACACCCCUCAUCCUUUUUAUACGCCUGUCAUUUAAAAGAAGAAAGGAUGAGGGCACUUUUAAUCCUACUACUCUGUAUUAAGUUCCUAAUGUUGAAAUGUUUUAUUAGUUUUUUUUUUUACUCGGUUCUGUCUGAUAUUUUCCACAUUCAAACGUUUUAUAGUCUCAGAACUAUGCAAACUCGUGCGGCCUUAAUCACACAAUCACAUGCAAUAACUCCAGUAACUCCGCCUCUGGGCCGCUUUAGUUCGGAGACCAAAGUGAGAGUUUUGCAGAUAGUUUUUAUUAUUAUUAUUAACCAGUGAUCUAUAGACACUAAAAGGAGUUUCUGUAUUUAGCUGAUUUUUAAACCCACCUGAAAUCGUCGCUUACGCUAAAACUUCGGCUUAAUUAUUAUUCUUUUUUGUUUUUUCUCCUGACCCCGUGUUGAAUAUUGUAAAAUAAAACUCAGGAGCCUCCUUUAAACGACUCCAUUGGAAACGAAUCAGCGGCGUCUUUAUCUAAAAAAAAAAAAAGAUUUCCACUAAAGAGCUGCGACACCUGGAGCGAGGGCAGAGUCGAUCCCCGAGUGGCACCGAGCCCCAUUGAUCUAAAGUGAGAACAUCCACUGAAAAUAGCUCCAAAUCACUGCUCUGUCUAUCAGCAUUACACACACACACACACACUUUCGGCCGCUCUGCAUUAAUCACUGAAGAAACCCAAAUCUCUCCCUGUGGCUAUAACUCAAAUCUUUAUUUUGUUUUAAAUUGAACAGUAUUCUCGUCUCAACUUUUUUCCUCCCCGUUAAAUGACCCGUAUUAUUGUCACCUUUUACAUUUUCUUGCUCGGAGUGUGUGACCGAGGUCGACAUGCAGCGUUAAGGGGACGGAGCUUUGACAUGAGCGACUGCAGCAAACGGGGACAGAGCCGGGCUCGGCCGCACUCGAGCGGAUCAGCGACCGGAUAGAUAUCUGUGAGGCUCGGGGGGGGGAGUGACUUGGUUAGAAGGUUAAAGGAAGUUUGAAUCGUUUGGGGAUUAAAUCUGUGCAUUAAAUACAUUAAAGUCUGUGCAUGUUUCCAGGUUGAGGGUUUUUUUUGUUUUCUUUAAAUAAACACUACACAUUUAUACACAGAAAUCCUGUUAUGUCGUGAACAAAUUUUUGAUCUGUCGAUUUGUUUUUGUAUCUCCAUUAAUUAACAAAAAAUAAAAACUAUUCAAUGAUA